AUGAGUGAUCCAGUCAUCGACUCUUGCAAGGGUAACAAUUCCAGGACUAUGGAGUUCGGUCAGAAGAAGCCCCCGCAGAGGCUACAUAAUAAUAGUGUUUGUGGACAAAAGACUGUGGAAAGAGAUUGUGGAACAUCAGAAAGUGCUCCUGUCAUUUCACAAGUCAGAACAAUACAAAUCCCCAAGUCUAUGAAGGAUGCAGCCUUUCUUAAGCACCCAGAUCUAACUCUGGGUCAGAAACGGUACUUAUGCAGCAUUGCCAAAAUCUACAGCACCAGGAACAUGAGAGCCAUACUUGAACAUCAGCUGCAGUCACAGAUAAGAUGUGGUCACAAAAGAACUAUUGUGAAACCAAAAGUAAAUCAUGCACUGCUGAAAAAGAAGAUAACAUUUCUGGAAUGGAAGAACCAGUCAUAG